GCCACGUCUGGGGAGCAGAGCAACCUCAACUUCAACUCCCAACCCCAGCCUGGAUGGCGAAGAGAGUGGAAGACCGCCGCCGCGCAGAAAGGCCCGCUGGUGGGCCCCGACGUGGCCUACGCGGAUGACCAGAGCUGGCUCCAGGGCUCCAAGGCGUGCUACGACUUGAGCCAGGCGAGCCCUUCCAGGAAAGCAGCCGGAUAUGCGAGUGGUGCCUCAAAGGGCACAUCAGACGGCAGACCAGCCCCUUCAGCUGCCAGAAAGCCCUCCAUGCCGCCCCUCCCGGCUCUGCCGGAGCCGAUCUCGAGAGCCGCCUUUGCAAAGUAUGUCGCAGAGGUGGAAGGCGGGGUGCAGCAAGCACUGCUGCAGGGAGUUGAGGUUACCGCCACUGAGUUGCGGCUCUACAUCCACGAGCUUGCGCAAGCGCUGCGCGCUCUGACAAAGCCAGCGCCGGCUGCGACGAAGGCCAUGAUCUGUGAAGCAAUGGCGCCGGUGUGGGACAUGCGAUCGAACUGCGCGAACCAUGAGGCUGCUUUCAACCUCAGAGUGUUGGCAAGUGCUGUGGAGGCUUUGGGCAAGUGUGGUGCGCAGGAAGCGACGCAGGAGCAUGGCGACAGCUCGGCUGUUGAGACGGUCGCUCAGCCAUGA